GGGGGCGGGGCCAGCGGCGGCCCCCGGCGAGGCCCACUGCGCCUGCGCUGACAGACGCAAGAUGGCGGACAGUGCGGAACUAAAGCAAAUGGUUAUGAGCCUUAGAGUUUCUGAACUCCAAGUACUGUUGGGCUACGCCGGGAGAAACAAGCACGGACGCAAACACGAACUUCUCACGAAAGCCCUGCACUUGCUAAAGGCCGGCUGCAGUCCUGCCGUGCAAAUGAAGAUUAAAGAACUCUAUAGGCGGCGGUUCCCCCAGAAAAUCAUGACACCUGCGGACUUGUCUAUCCCCAACGUCCAUACAAGUCCCAUGCCAGCAACUUUGUCUCCAUCUACCAUUCCACAACUCACUUAUGAUGGUCACCCUGCGUCGUCGCCCUUACUUCCUGUUUCUCUUCUGGGACCUAAACAUGAACUGGAACUUCCACAUCUUACAUCAGCGCUUCACCCAGUCCAUCCGGAUAUAAAACUUCAAAAAUUACCAUUUUAUGACUUACUGGAUGAACUGAUAAAACCCACCAGUCUAGCGUCAGACAGCAGCCAGCGCUUCCGGGAAACCUGUUUUGCGUUUGCGUUGACGCCGCAGCAAGUGCAGCAGAUCAGCAGCUCCAUGGAUAUAUCUGGGACCAAGUGUGACUUCACAGUGCAGGUCCAAUUAAGGUUUUGUUUAUCAGAAACCAGUUGUCCCCAAGAAGAUCACUUCCCACCCAACCUUUGCGUGAAAGUGAAUACAAAACCUUGCAGCCUUCCAGGUUACCUUCCACCUACUAAAAACGGUGUGGAGCCAAAGCGACCCAGCCGACCAAUAAACAUCACUUCCCUCGUCCGGUUGUCCACGACGGUACCAAACACCAUCGUUGUUUCUUGGACAGCAGAAAUUGGAAGAAACUAUUCCAUGGCAGUAUAUCUUGUAAAACAGUUGUCUUCAACAGUUCUUCUGCAGAGGUUACGAGCAAAGGGAAUAAGGAAUCCGGAUCAUUCUAGAGCUUUAAUUAAAGAGAAGUUGACUGCGGAUCCAGACAGUGAAAUAGCCACAACCAGCCUGAGGGUCUCUCUGCUCUGCCCGCUUGGUAAAAUGCGGCUGACAAUUCCAUGUCGGGCCCUUACCUGUUCUCAUCUGCAGUGUUUUGAUGCAACUCUUUAUAUUCAGAUGAAUGAGAAAAAACCAACGUGGGUUUGUCCUGUCUGUGACAAGAAGGCACCAUACGAACACCUCAUUAUUGAUGGAUUGUUCAUGGAAAUCCUAAAAUACUGUACAGAUUGUGAUGAAAUACAGUUUAAGGAAGAUGGCUCUUGGGCACCUAUGAGGUCAAAAAAGGAAGUGCAGGAAGUUUCUGCCUCUUACAAUGGAGUUGAUGGCUGUCUGAGCUCCACACUGGAGCAUCAGGUGACAUCUCACCACCAGUCCUCGAAUAAGAACAAGAAAGUCGAAGUGAUCGACCUCACCAUUGACAGUUCAUCUGAUGAAGAGGAGGAGGAGCCGUCUGCCAAGAGGACCUGUCCUUCUCUGUCGCCCACAUCACCGCUGAAUAAUAAGGGUAUAUUGAGUCUUCCACACCAGGCAUCUCCCGUGUCUCGCACGCCCAGCCUCCCUGCCGUGGACACGAGCUAUAUCAACACCUCCCUCAUCCAAGACUACAGGCACCCCUUCCACAUGACGCCCAUGCCUUACGACCUACAAGGAUUAGAUUUCUUUCCUUUCUUAUCAGGAGACAAUCAGCAUUACAACACCUCCCUUCUGGCCGCCGCCGCCGCCGCCGUCUCGGAUGACCAAGACCUCUUGCACUCGUCCCGCUUUUUCCCCUACGCGUCCUCCCAGAUGUUCCUCGAUCAGCUGAGCGCGGGAGGUGGCGCCUCACUGCCCGCCACCAACGGGAGCAGCAGCGGCAGCAACAGCAGCCUCGUGUCCUCCAACAGCCUGCGGGAGGGCCACAGCCACGCCGUGGCCGGCCGGAGCGGCAGCGACACAGCCUCCAUCUUCGGCAUCAUCCCGGACAUCAUCUCCUUGGACUGACCCCCGCCCCAGGAACAGGACUCGGCAGGAAGACGAGGACUCGCGCUGUGCUUGCCCUUGCUCUGGUAGAGAAGUACACAUGCGUGGUUUUUUCCUUUUUUUAGGGAAAAAAAUUAAAAGAAAUGUACAGAGAACAAAACUAUAUUUUCAGUUUUACUUUUGUAUAUAAAUCUAAGACUGCCUGUCUGAUAAAACACUUGUUUAAAAAAAAAAAAAGGAAAGAAAAGAAAAAAUGACAAAAACAAAUACCCACAAACCACCUUCAGUUCAUUUUUUCUGGAUUCUGAAGACUUUUUUUUUCAUCAUUUGUCCUAUGGUUUUGGUUUUAUUUUACUUCAAUGGCAUUAUUUUAUUUGCAAUAACAAAAAAAGGAAUUGCAUGUAUGAAGUUUUCAAUUGUGGGCUUUUCUUUGUUGUGGGGAGGGGGUGGGGAGAUAGCUUUAAUUUCCAUUUUCUAAAACUGAACAGACUUAGAUUCUGUUUGUGUGCAUAUUUUAUUCAGCCUUAAGUUAUGAAUCUCAUGUGCCCCACUGCAUUCCUCUGUACUUGCAGGACAUAGCUUGUGAGCGUGUGUGUUUUCCGUGUGCGUGUCUGUGUUUCUCUGUCCUUACUGUUUCUUCUCCCCCCCGAGUUUGCAUUCAGUUGAUAAAUCAGUUGCUUGCUUUUUUCAAAGUGCUUUGAAGCUCUUGAAUUCACCUAUGAGCAUCUUUUGGACUCUCACAAUUGCAUGUUCUCCAUCACGUACAUUCUCUCUUAUUUGCUAGGUUUCCCCCAAGAAUAUGUUUUAGACUGGAGUAAAGCUGUCUGGUAAGGAGUAGGCGUAGCAUCCCUGUGAAUAAUACACUUUAGCCUAGUUCUGUUUGGACUGCCAGUAUUACGUAUCGAAACCACGUCUGUGAAGACCUGCUUUUGUUGACCACAGGGUAAUAAGUUUCCAUAGGAGAUCUUUGUACCACAGUAGGAAGGAAGACUAGCUCGGAGGGCCCCAUAGGGCAUCUUGUGUAGCUGGCAGAGAUUACAUCACUUCCAGAAAGACAGUCAACUGUUGUAAAAUAAAUACUGUUUGGAAAGUUCAUCGUGCCAGACAUGGCAGUCUGUGGAAAGUUCCUGCUGAUCAAAGUUAAAAUGGUCUUGAUCCUUAGUCAUUUUUACUCUGAUUCUAAAUAUACUUUUUUUUUAGCCCAAAUUAUUAUUUUAUUAUUUUAUUGUUGUUUGUUUUUACCUUUCAAGACAAGCAUGAUGUAGGAAAUUUCUUGUUUGUUUGUUUUAAAUCCAUGGAUCUGUUUGAUUUAUUUCUGUUCGUAACGGAGCAUGUAAAUAUAUUGAAAACUGUUUUCCAGAAGAUAACUGAGGCUCACCGGGGAGGAAAAAUGGUUUUACACGUGUUCUACAGUCCUCGUUGGAGAAGGUCCGACCUUCUCCAGGUGAACCAUAAAGUGUGGAUAAGAACUUUUGGUUUCACUAGAGCAGGUUUGAUUAACAGAACAGAUAAAGAUGGGGUAUGAUGGUUACUGGUUCCCAGACUCGAGUGGGGUAUCUUACCUGUUUAUGUUCUCAGAGUUGAUGAUGGCUGACCUUUGUGUAUAAAAUUGCUUUUAUCCUCACAGUGGUAACACAAUGACCUACUUUCAGCCAGGAGGAAUUCAGGAUGGCUGUAUAUUCAGUUGUAUGAUAAAACUAAUCACUCACAUUUGUGUGGUAUCUAAAAGUAAUAUGUUUUUACAGCAUCUCUCUGCCACUAAAUUGUUGACUUGAAUCUUGAAAAAUAAGUUGGUGUUGAUAUGUAUAUGUGUGCGUGUAUAUACAUGUAUUUAUAGAGAAAUGUGUGUGAGUGGCAGUGAGCUACAUGGUCUUCCCUGCGUGCGUGUCCCCCACAGAGACGUGGCUCAGCACCAGUCACUAAUUUGCAAUAAAAGAAAUUUCAUUGUCGGUUAAAACAAAAAAUAGUUCAGUUUUUUAAUGAAUCGGUGUUAUAGUGAGUAAACACUGAAAAUUCUCAUUGCCAUAUUAACCCAAGCUAAUAUCUAAGAAAUAUCUUAAUCUGUGUCUAAAUUCAGAUUGAGAUAGAAAUUACCUAAAUCGUGGGGAGUUGCUUAUUUUAUAGUGUAAGAGAAAACAUUUCUAUUAACUACCUAAAGAUAAAAAGAAAUGGGUUUUUUCUCUUUUUUAUUUCUCUUUUUCGAUCAUUGUUGCUACUGGUCUCAGUUCUGAUCAAUAACUGUCUGAUUAUGAUGCUGAAUUACCAACUCUUUGAAUGAUCCAGUGGGAAACCCCUCCCUCUACUUCCUUGAGCACCCAGUGUUGGAAAGAGUUCCUUUUCCAGAGUGCCCUGCAGUCUAAGGGAAGAACAUGAAGGCAGAUGUCUGCCUGGCGCCUGUCCCCACAGAAGAAACUGACUGGUCAGUUGUCGUUUUGUGUCUGAGGCCGAGUUCUCUUGUUGGCUCUCCCAAAUGCUGCGUCAUUGGCAUACUUGCAUGGUCUCAGAAUUGUCAGUAGAGUGACACAGCGCGUCUUUCUCUUCCCAGUGAAAGUACACUGGUCACUCGUCUGGUCCCUUAGCCCACCCUCGGUCCCCUGCCCCUGCCAGCACUGAGAGCCUGACUAAGGACAAACAGCCGUUCUCAGAACUGCCAGCCCCUGACUGGUCUUUCCUAAUAGGCGUGGCAGAUGUUUGUGUUUCUGUACAGGCGUGUGUGCAUGUGUGUGUCAUGUGUGCAUGGAUGUGUGUCGAUAUGCACACAGUGUCGGUAGCAUAGCUUUGACUAACGGGGUUGGAGUUUCUUUCCAUCGGUGGGCAAUAUUCCACACAUCUAUUUUAAAAUAAUAUGAACCUUUCCCGAGCCACUCUGACUGGGCUCGCCUGCAAUGCACAUUCAGCCUUUUUUGCUUCUGUUCUUGUAGACUUUCUCACAAUUCAAUAUUAGUACCGACUUAGAAAAGGUUCACGUAAGCUUCUGAAAUGUGGUUUCUUGGCAGUUUCUUUAGAGUCAGAUGUCAGAAAGUGAAUGAAGAUAUACCCCAAUUUUUAAAUAAUAAUUGUGGAAAAAGCCUUUUUAAAAAAGUUCCAAUUUUAAAUGCACAAAAAUACUUCAAGAGCUUCAGGACAUUAAAGCACAUUUGGAAUUAUUUUAGUAAGAAUUUUAUUUUAUCUAUACAUGUUGAAUUCUGUAGUUGUUCUUUUUCUUUAAUUAAAACACACACACAGCUUAGAUUUCAGAGAGAGCAGGAGGAUAGCUGGUGGCCCCGGAGCGUGCUGCUGUAACUGUUUCAUUAACAGCGGGGGAAAUGUAUAUAAACAGAUAAGAUUUACCAUAAAUUCCAUGAACUUAAAUCUGUGAUUCAUUGCCUUAAAACUUUCUCUUAGGAUUUCCAUACCGCAUGCCAAACCAGUAAAUGGCUUUUAAAAAUGUAUAGUAGACCAAUGUCAGUUUGUAUAAAAGUACCAAGUGAAAAUAUUUAUUACAUGCAUUGGAAAAAAAAUUGUUUACUUAUUGAAUGUUACCUGUUUAUGUAGAGCUCUUUAGAUGUAAUAAAAGAAAAGCCUUCAGUUAA